CGGUGUCAUUCCCAUAGUUGAUGCGAGCAAGAACAAGAAGAAGAAACUUCAGUCGAAAAAUCGAAAUCGUCACCAAAGGGCUACGUGAACAAUGGCGAGCGGAAAUACUCCUACACUAGCGUUGCGAUCCGCGAAAGGAGUUGAAGUGUGGAAGCCCGAGCAACAGAAACAACAGCUCACAUUUCUUCCGGACGCGAGGUUUACUCCCGACCAGAGUAAAUCUUGCCGCGCUAUUGUUUAUAGCCCCGACGGACGAUUUCUGGCCUGGGCCAAUGGUUCGACGGUGCAGCUGUGCCGGGUGGUUGCUGGCGGCUGGAAGACGCUCGCGUCCCUCCCCCGACCGAAGGCCUGCUAUCUGCGGUUUUCCCCGCUCAGCAACUACCUAAUGACGUGGGAAACGUACACCGAGAACCCGGCGGCGACGGAUUUGCCGAAGGAGAGACCGAAUCUGUUCAUCUACCGGGCGGACACGGGCGAGGAGGUGUUCUCCAUCAUCCAGAAGCGUCACCAGGACUGGCAGAUGCACUGGAGCUGCGACGAAACCAUUGCCGCUCUGUUGGUCGGCGGAGAGGCACUCUUCUACGAGCAUGGCCCAUCCGGGCCCGGCUUUAAGCAGGUGGUGAAGCGUUUCGGAGGCCUCCGGAACGGAGGCAUCUCGGUCGCGCCUGGACCCUCACCACCGCACAUCGGUGUCUACAUGCCGGGCACGAAGGGUGCCCCGUCGAUGUGCCGGUUGUUCAAGUACCCGAACCUGGAGCUGAACCAACCUGUCGCGUCGAAAAGCUUCUUCCAGGCCGACAAGGUAGACAUGAUGUGGAACCGGAAGGGCACCGGGUUGAUACUGAUGACCAGCACCGAUGUCGACACGUCGGGAGUGUCCUACUACGGCAAGCAGGCGCUACACUACAUGACUCCCAAGGGGGACUCGUGCGGCAUCCAGUUGAAAGCGGAAGGACCCAUCCACGAUGUGGCCUGGAGCCCCAAGUCGACGGAGUUUUGCGUGGUGUACGGUUUCAUGCCUGCCCGGGCUACACUUUUCAACCUGAAGUGUGACAUCGUGUACGACUUUGAGCCGGGCAACAGGAACUCGAUCUUCUACAACGAUUUCGGCAAUCUGGUCCUUUUCGGUGGUUUCGGAAAUUUGCCGGGCUACAUCGAGACGUGGGAUUUGGCGCGACGCAAGAAGCUGGCCAGCUUUAAGGCGCCAGAUACGACGCUGCUCGAGUGGCAUCCGGCUGGCGAUACGUUCCUAACGGCCACGACGGCUCCUCGUCUGCGCAUGUCGAACGGGUUCAAGGUGUGGCACUAUUCGGGCGCCCUGCUCGGCGAGUACGAUUGGUCCGGGGAGCUGCUGGAAGUCAUCUGGCAAAAGUACCCACCGGGCACGUACAAGGUACCGGCCAUCUCGGAUGAGAAGAUUGAAGGCAUCGUAUCCGCCACGCCGGUAGCCAGCAAGCAGAAAUACAUUCCGCCCGGCGCACGGGGCAAUGUCACCGUGACGGCCAGUGGCGAAACCAUCGACUUGAGACCACCGAUCCCGGGACUUCCUGUCGGGUACCGUUCCUCGGUGCAGAUUAAAACCAGCAGGAAGAACAAAAAAGCUGCCAACAAAGCUGCGGCUGCUGCGGCGGCGGCGGCUGCGACUGCUGGUGGUGGUGCGGCUGCUGCUGUCCCUGCUAGUGAGGGUGAAACGGGUGGAGAAACUGCCACCGCGCCACCACCCGCCGUACCCAAAAAGCAGGCGGCAAAGAAAAACGCUAACAACGCCGGCACCGGUGAGCUGGCCAAUGGGAAUGGCGCGGCCACCACCAAGCCAAGUGGCCCAUCGACGAAUGACGUUGCAAACGGACCACCGAAAGCAUCGCCGACGGGUGAUCCGAACAAGGACAAAAAAAUUAAAGCAAUCCAUAAGAAGCUGAAGGACAUCAAGUUGCUGAAGGAGAAGCACGAGCGCGGUGAGACGCUCGUGCAGACGCAGAUUGUAAAAAUGAAUUCCGAAAGCCAGCUGCGGAAGGAGCUGGAAGAGCUGAAGGUAGCCUGAGCCGGAGACGCACACUUUUGAAGCCACCUCGCCUUCCUCGACGGGACGGGAUGGAUGGUGCGGCUUUACGAAGCCUGUUUCGUGUACAGUUUUUUCCACCGGCCAGCAGCAGCCAAACCCCAGCCACAUGGUACCUAAUGACGACGACAGCUCCCGGAAGAAGAAAAUGUCCGCCGCCGCCGUCGCAGCCGCAGCAUCGACAUCGAAACGUGCAGCAAAUAUUUUUGAUAAUACUUUUCCUUCCUUCAACAUCCAAGCACACGGUUCGGAGGCAGUGGAAGUCUUAUGGGUGAAAUAAAGCUAACUUUACAAGAAAACGGAAGCGCAACUAA